ACUAAAAUUCUAAAUUAAACACAAACAGUCCCUCAAUUUUUUCCAAACUCCAAAAUGGAAACAACUCUUAUUCUUCUUACAAUUCUUCUCCUCAGCUUUUGCUUCUUUCAUGUCUCCAUUUCAUCUACUGAAUUACCUAUCGGAAUACAUCCUCUAGAUGAGAAGUACUAUGCUUCAAAUGUGAUUAAAUGCAAAGAUGGGACUAAUUCAUUUACUAAAGAUCGACUAAAUGAUGAUUUUUGUGAUUGUGUAGAUGGAACUGAUGAGCCUGGAACGGCUGCCUGUCCAGCUGGAAAAUUUUAUUGCAAAAAUGUAGGCAGUACUCCUAAAUUUCUGUUCUCUUCUCGCGUGAAUGAUGAUAUUUGUGAUUGUUGUGACGGAAGUGAUGAGUAUGAUAGUAAUGUCGAUUGCCCCAAUACUUGCGUAAUGGGUGGGCAUUUUUCCUAUAAAAAACGAAGUUAUCGCUUAAGAAGAAAACAUCUCGAUCUAAUUGGUGGAGAAAAUGCUAACGGGGUCAAUAUGGAUGACUCGGUGCAGAGACUGCAAGGUCUGAAGAUACUGGUACUUGUACAGGUGGUACUUAUCAUUAUUUUUCUGGUUUCCCGAAAAUUAUAUCGGCGAUCCAGGUCUAAAAGAAGACAUUCGCGUUGAGAAUUGAUCCCAGGAUUA